AUGGACUCCUCGGCCCGUCAGUCUCUGGCCGAACGGGAGAAAGGCAGUGAACACAAGGGGACACAGACUUUGGCCCAAAGAGGGCGCAGGCGACACCUUCUGCCCUCUCCGCCCCCUGUGUCACCGCAGCAGGGGUGGCAAAUUGGGGAGGGGCCAAGCGGAGGGGUCCAGGGCGCCUUGGCUGUGGCCGGCCUGAGUUCAAGGGGGGGCUCCUUCUUUCUUUCUUUCCCUUCCUUCCUUCCUUCCUUCCUCCGGCAGGCCGAGCAGGCGGGGGCCUUUGAGCUCCAGGUCCAUUCCUUCACCACGAGCAGCAGCCCUCGGAGCCUGUGCCCCCCCCGCGGGGCUCCCCCCUGCCGCCUCUUCUUCCGGGUCUGCCUGAAGCACGCCCAGGCCGUGGUGUCCCCGGAGCCGCCCUGCACCUUUGGAGCCGCCCUGAGCGACGUGGUCCUCGCUGAUCAUCGCCGUGCUGUGGCCACCAGCCGGCCCAUCCGGGUCCCCUUCCACUUCAAGUGGCCGGGUACAUUCUCCCUCAUCAUUGAAUCCUGGAGGGCUGACUCGGGAGAUCCAUCCACAGACGAUGCCCCUGGAUGCAUCAGCCGUCUGGCUACACGCCGUCGCUUGGCUGUGGGCGAGGACUGGUCUCAAGACGUCCAGCUGGGAGACCAGAGUGAGCUGCGCUACUCCUACCACGUCACCUGCGAUGAGCACUACUAUGGGGAGAGCUGCUCGGAUUACUGCCGCCCACGAGAUGAUACCUUUGGGCACUACACAUGUGAUGAACUGGGCGGCCGGAUAUGCUUAGCAGGGUGGCGAGGCGAGUACUGCUCCGAGCCCAUUUGUCUGCCCGGCUGCAGCCACAGCCACGGGUUCUGCGAGAAACCUGGGGAAUGCAAGUGCCGGAUUGGCUGGCAAGGGCCCUUGUGCGAGGAGUGUGUCCGUUACCCAGGUUGCCUUCACGGCACUUGUGCACAGCCCUGGCAAUGCAACUGUCAGGAAGGCUGGGGCGGGCUCUUCUGCAACCAGGACCUCAACUACUGCACCAACCACCACCCAUGCAAGAAUGGCGCCACCUGCACCAACACAGGCCAAGGGAGCUACACCUGCACCUGCCGGGCUGGCUUUGCGGGGACCAGCUGCGAGAUCGAGACGAAUGAGUGUGACAGCAACCCCUGCAAGAACGGAGGCAGCUGUAAUGACUUGGAGAACGACUACAGAUGCACCUGUCCUCAGGGCUUCUACGGCAAGAACUGCGAGAUCAGCGCCAUGACCUGUGCAGAUGGACCUUGUUUCAAUGGUGGGACCUGUGCUGAGAAGCACCUAGGAGGCUACACUUGCCACUGCCCAGUGAAUUACCACGGUUCCAACUGCGAGAAAAAGAUAGAUCGGUGCAGCAGCAAUCCCUGUUUGAACAGUGGCCACUGUCUGGAUCUGGGCCGCAGCGUGAUCUGCAAAUGCCGCCCGGGUUUUACCGGCUCGCGCUGUGAGCUGAACAUAGACGACUGUGCGAGCAGCCCGUGUGCCAACGGGGGCACCUGCAUCGAUGGCCCCAACCGAUACACCUGCUCCUGCACCCUGGGCUACGGCGGGAAGGACUGCGGCGCCCGCGUGGACGCCUGCGGCUCCAGCCCUUGCUUGAACAGCGGCACCUGCUACACCCAUUUCUCGGGCCACGUCUGCGAGUGUUCGGCCGGCUACAUGGGCUCCAGCUGCGAGUUCAGAGUCCAGGCUCCCACCCCCGUCAGCAGCCAGCGGGUGGCCGAAGGGCCUUUCCCUCUCGCCCUGGCCGCCUCCUUUGUCCUGGGGCUCCUGACCCUGGUGCUGGCGGCCUGCGCGGCCGUGGUGGUGCUCCGGCACCUGAGGCAGGGUCACAAGGCUGUCAAAAGCACCGUCCGCAACAACCUGGCGACCAUCAACAACUUCAAGGAAAGGGAGGGCUUCCUCAUUUCCCCUGGGCGCUUUAAGGUGUCCAACAGGGAGUCCAGAUUCAGUGACCAGUUCAACUGCAAGAGGAAGCUGCUGGAUCAGAGCCGGGAGUCCAUCUGUAAGAAGUUGGAGAAUAAAAAAUCGGGGACCAUCCGGUCUGGUGUUCCUGCUGGACAUCCCAAAGAAGGCACAUACCACCCCCCCAUCUACAUCAUCCCAGAGCAGACGGAGCCCUGCAUUUAUGCCACAGAGGUCUGAAGAAGCUCCUACUCCCCAAGUCCCGGAAUCUGACACCUGUGUUUUAUUUAAUUUUUCUUCCAAAUUCUCAGCUCAAGGGAUGUUUACAGAGCACACUGAAUAGACUCCUGGAGCAGCCAAGGUCUCACCUUUAUUAAUUUUUUGAUCCAUAUAGUAUUUUAAAAAGACUCCUUUUUAUAGGAAACUAUUUAAUAUUUAUUCUUGCUGCUAUAAUUUUAUUUUUGCAUUGAAAGCAACAGACUCACAGAUCCUAGGAAUGGAACUGACUCAAAGAUAUGAAACAGGGAACUGGAACUUGGUUUGGAAAAGUUUAUCUGAGCGAAAGGAGGAAGGAUAGUUUGGGACUUGGGAAAGAGGCGAUCUGAGAGGCUGCGCCAGGGGUGGUCUGUUCUGUAGAAAAGGCAGGUCCUUUUCCUUACCUAAUUGUCAGGAUCGGUUGUUUUUGCAUGUUUUUCAAAACAUCCGCUGAUGCUUUGGGGGGGGGGCUUCUCCCCAUCUGACUUAAUUUUCCCCCUCACAGUCUGCAAGAGGAAAGUUCUGCCUCUGUUCACCCACUGGACAGGUGUAGAAAAUCAGUCCCUCUCAAAGGCAGAUGUCACAGCUUACUAGGUUUUAAAAUUCCCCGUUGUGGCAAGUUUUCAUUAAAACUAAACAGUGCGCCUCCUCCAGGCCAAGAUCUGGCAAGGAAGAGACAACCAGAGGAAAUUUUAGGGGUGAAGGAUAACCUCACCACAACACACUCACCUUUUAAGGUGAAGGAGGAGAGGAUGCUGCCUGCCGCUAUAAAGCUGGCAUGUGCCUCCUUCAUCUCCUGUAGAAAGGCCAGCGUGCAUGGUCUUUGCAAACGGCUCCCAUCAUGCACUGAUCAGCACAAAAAAGCUGCUCCACAGGCUGCUGUUGUGCCCCUUUCCCACUGCCUGGGGGGAGGCCAGGUGAAGAUGGGCAAACAGAGGGGCAAAGGUGGUCUUACUGAGCCAUGCCGACAGCCAGAGCUCCCCAGUGUGGCUUGGCAGUGAAGGUCUCAGAAAGCCAUCCUGGGGUGAAACGGCCCUGAUGCCCUUGGAGGGAAUCCCAGCACGGCUCCAGGCUGGCGAGCGGAAGGGAUGAGGCUCAGGCCGGUCCCAAAGAAGGGCAGCCCACGCAAGGGCCGCCCCGGGACUCUUCUCUCAGUCAAAAAUGAUGAUUAUUUUAACCGCAGAACACAGCACGUCCUGGUGGAUUAUGUUUAUGUAACAAUCGUUGCAAUGAGAAAUUUCUGUUACAGGAAAGCAGAACUUUUUGUUUUAAGUACUGGUGAGUAUUUUUCAACACAAAGAAGAAAUGCUUUUACAACUCUAAAUGCAAACAAUAACAACCAAGUCCUAUCCCGAGGAUGUUUACUUUUGCUUGUGAAAACAACAACCAACACUUUCUGCCUCAGAUCCUGAAUCGUGCAGUCCACAAGAAGCCUUAUGGAACGGUUGGAGGUCCUUGUUACGUUUAAACUUGUUCCUCUCUCUCCCCCCCCCAGUGCUUUUUGCUCCCUUUAUUAAUUUAAAAAAGCAAGAGAUCUGGAGAUAACUUUAUACAUAUAUUUAAGUUGUAUAUAAUUGUAUAUUUAUAAGUGCCAUGUCUUUUUAUAUCUUCCCCACCCUCUAUAACUUUUUUUCCUUUUAUGUAUGGUCCUUUCUCUCAGAAGAAAGUUAUAUAAAAUAUCUAUUUUGCUCAUGAAACUAAGGUUGUCCGAUGUCAUCUCUGGCACCCUUCUUCCGCUUCAUGCUGACAAACAGACUGUAAGGCGGGGAAGCCAAGCCAGUUGGAUCCAGACCCCUAAGGAUGGCCUUUGUAGCCCCCUCUCUCCCCAGUGCAGAGGGUGGGGGCAGGGAGCUGGUUCCUCAUGUAAUUUAUUGGAGGGAUGGGGUUUCACG